AUGGAUAGCAGAUUAUUUGAGGCAGCUAUUGCAGGCAAUAUUAGCACAUUAAACCAACUGAUUGCUCAAAAUCCAUUGAUUUUGGCUGAUUCUGCACUCAUUUUUCCACAUGAGAAUCCACUGCAUAUUGCUUUAAAGGCAGGGCAACUAGGUUCUGCACGUCAAAGGAGAGAUGGAAGAAGUACCAUUCACUAUGCUGCUAUCAAUGGUAGAGAUGGAAGAAGUACCAUUCACUAUGCUGCUAUCAAUGAUAAAGCUGAAGUUAUGGAAGAACUUAUUUCUUCUUGGGCUGAAUGUUUCAAAGAUGUGACAGCCCUUGGAGAAACUGUGCUCCAUCUGACUGUUAAAUACCACAAGUUUGAAGCUUUUAGAAAGUCAAUGGAAUGGCUGGAAACUAAUGGAUUGGAAGAGCUGGUGAAUUUGGGUGAUGAAGAUGGGAACACAGUCUUGCACAUUGCUGUCCUUAGAAAACAGCAUGAGUAUGUUCAGCUGCUGCUAAGUAAUGGCACUAUUGCCAGAAAAUUGGAAGUGAAUGCAAAAAACAAAGUGGGUUUGACAGAAAUGGAUGUCAUGGACAAAUUGAUAGUAGAGAAUCCAAGUAAUAUCCAUCUAGGGGAAACACUUCAGCAUGCUUCAGCUUCAACCACCACAUCUCCACCAACACUUUCUACUCAGCAUGUUGCACAGGAAAGAGACUCACCAAGUGAUACACGCAAUGUCCUGCUCGUUGUGGCCGCGCUCAUUGCUACUGUCACCUUUGAAGCAGGAGUCAACACUCCGAAUGGCUUUAUUAAAAAUAACACUGAAAAUAGUGCUACUAUAAUUGCACCGCCUUCAUUAUAUCCUUCUAUUGUACGGCCUCCACGGAGCUUUGAGCCCCAAGCAACAGCAACGGCAGCGGGUUUAAGUGUAUUCUUUGCAAGUCUAGGCAGUGCGCAGCCUGCAGAAGAGUCUUUCUUAUUUGGGAAUUCAUUGGGUCUUGCUUCAUCAAUUUGUGUCAUAAUCUACCUCACAUCUGGAUUUCCUUUCCAAAGAGAGCUUCACAUAUCUAUGUAUUCCAUGUUAUUUGCUUAUGGAUGGUCAAUACAAGAUAUCGAUUCAAAGAGCAAGACUGUACGGCAUAUUCUUAUGGGGUCUGCAUUUGUAUUACCUUUCUUGUUAAGAUGGCUGCCGACGUGGGCUAAGACAAUAUGGAGGUCGUACGACAAGAAGACAUUAGAGCAACCUCAUGCAUAA